UGCAGAAGGGAAAAAAAAGGAACUAGUUGUGUUUCUCAGAAAUUCACAGCACAGCCUUUAGGAUUUAGAAAGCUACUAGAAGAAGAAUGAAGAUUGAAAUUGAGUGAAGUGUGGAUCGUGGGGAACUCAUUCUAUCUGCACCAAGAACCUGAGGUGCUCUCCCAGAGCCUGGGCCCCAGCCGACACAGCAGGCCCUGCAGGCUGGAAGAAGCACUGUUUCUGUUGCCAUGGCAACCGUGCAAGGAACAGACCAGACCACCCUGGAGGCUGGCUCUGCUGUGCAUCUGGGACAGUCAAGGGCUCUACGCUCCCAGCUAUGGAAAGAGAUGCAAGAGAAGUUCUUGAGGGGAGAACCCAAAGUCCUUGGGGUUGUGCAGAUUCUUAUUGCCCUGAUAAACCUCAGCUUGGGAAUAAUAAUGAUGAGUGUCCUGGUGCCAUUUUAUGAACCACACCCCAUUUUAUUUAACACAGCAUACCCAGUUUGGGGGUCGGUGAUGUUUAUUAUUUCAGGAUCUUUUUCAAUUGCAGCUGCAAUCAGAACUACCAAAGGUCUGGUCCAAGCCAGUCUAGGAUUGAACAUAGCCAGCUCUGUGCUGGCUGCGUCGGGGAUCAUGCUCAGUAUAUCCAGCUUGAGCAUCUUGUCAUUUGAAUACCAUCAGUGUAUCCAUGAUAUGGUGGUAGAGGACUGUUCCCUGAUCAUGUCCAUCUUAACUGGUGUAGAUGCUGUGAUGUUCACUUUUAGUGUGCUGGAAUUCUGCAUUGCUGUGUUCGUCGCUGCCUUUGGAUGCAAAGUGACCUGCUGCAACCCUGGUGGGGUCGUGUUGAUUCUGCCACCAAACCCUCCGGUGACAGAAAGAGCAUCUGCUGCACCUUUUUAAGGAAGUUUGAUGUCACAUCAAGAGAAAAAUGUUCCAGAAAAAUCUAUUCUGAAUUUUAAGCAAGAACCCCAUUUGGGAAAGUGCCAGAAUCCAACUCUAACCUGUCUCUCUAUCUCUGUCUUUCUGUCUAUAAAAGCUCAGGAUCAUGUUCCCAUUCCCCCUCAGGAACUCAGCGAUGCAUUCCAAUGGAAUUUUAGCAGAAUAUUGGAAGCUGAGUAAAUAAAU